UAGAACCAAUUUUUCAUUACAUAAAACCAAUUUGUUCAUAUUCACUAUGGCUAAACUUAUGAGCAUUGUCCAGAUUCUACUAUUAUUGCAACUAUGCAAUAUAGUACUAACUCUCGCUGGCCGGAGAGUUUCGGAUAUUUCCGGUCCGGUGAGACGAGAGGUGUACGAUAACGGAAAAAUAUACGAUAUCACACAUAGAGUGAAUCCUGAUAUGCCUUCAUGGGAUUCAAAAAAUGGUGUUGGUGAAUAUAUAAAGCUUGUGAAUAGCAUGAAGAAUGGUUCACUUUUUAAUGAUUCUGAAUUGAAGUUUAAUACACAUACCGGCACGCACAUCGACGCCCCGUCGCAUUUUUACGAGAAGUAUUAUGAUGCUGGAUUCGAUACUGAUACGGUUGAUUUGCGGAUUCUUAAUGGUCCAGCGUUGUUAGUUGAUGUUCCAAGAGACAGUAACAUAACUGCUAAAGUAAUGCAGUCAUUGAAAAUUCCUAAGGGAGUGACUCGUGUACUCUUUAGAACUUUAAAUAGUGACAGGAAACUUAUGUUUAAAAAAGAGUUUGACUCGAGCUAUACUGGAUUCAUGAGUGAUGGGGCAAAAUGGCUUGUAGAGAACACAGAUAUCAGACUUGUUGGAGUUGAUUAUUUGUCUGUUGCAUCUUAUGUUGAUAUCCUUCCAACACAUCUUGUUUUCCUUAAAAACAGGGAAGUAACUCCGGUGGAGGCACUAAAACUUGACGGCGUUAAAGCAGGAGUAUACGAUCUCCAUUGCUUGCCUAUGAGGGUUCUCGGAGCCGAUGGAUCACCGACAAGAUGCAUUCUUAUUGAAUAGAUUUUUCGAGAACCGUUGCGUGUAAAUUUAUGUUACGGAAUAAAAUAGAUCUUAUUUGAACGUAA